UUCGUUGGUCCCCUUGCUAAUUACUCCUCCAUAGAUUACCUUGCUCACCCACACAAACACACAGACACACUAGUAGAGGUAGAGGUAGAAGAAGACUCUGUCUGCAUUUGCAUAUUUUCAGUUGCAGUGUCCCUAGCUACUAGCUUAACUACUCCUCGAUCUUCUCUCUCUAUAUCUAUCUAUGUAGCUAGAGCUCACUGUAACUAGGAGAAGUUGUUGCUUGCACCAGACACAAACAUUACCAUUGCCUUCGUCCCUGCAAUGCAUCAGAAAACACCAUAGCUAAACACAUCAACCAUUUGAGAGCUCUUGGCUCUAGCUUGUAAGUACUUCUUAAGUAGCUGUAUGUAUCCAUACUAAACUAUACUUACUAUAGUAGACUAGAGCUAGCUGGAGAGUGAGUGAGUAGCUAGACACCAUCCAUGAAGACGUCUUCCAAGCACCAUUGGUUCUCCCGCUCCCGGAGCCGCUCUUCCUCCCCCGCACCGCCACCGCCGCAACCGCCAUUCAGCCAUGGGAGGCCCUCGCCGGAGGCCCACCCGGGCUGCAUGGCCAUGAUGCACUACCUCAUCUUCGCCCCCGGCGCCGGCUGCGUCGGCCGCCCGCCUUCCUCCUCGCACGUCGUCCACAGCAACGACGCCGUCUCCCCGCCGGCCGGAGCGGGGGCGGGGCUACAGGCGCCGCGCAACAGCCUCGACCUCGACGCCGACCACCUCCGCCGGGACAUCCAGAUUGGCGUGCAGAUCGAGCCGGCCUUCGACGCGCUGGCGCGCCCCAGGCCGUCGGCGCCGCCCUCCGAGGCCGAGACGCCGCGCACGCCCAGCCUCGUCGCGCGCCUCAUGGGCAUCGACGGCCUCCCCGACUCGCCGGCGUCCACGGACACCAAGCCCAGGGAGAAGAAGAAGCGCGUCAUCCCCGAGUCCAUCAGCCUCCGCCAGCCUCUCCGCGACCUCUCGCGCUCCCUCCCGGACACGCCGCGCGCCUCCACAUCCUCGGUCAGGGCGCCGCCGCCGACGUGGGACGUCGUCGACCACCCGCGCCUGUCCCUGCAGGUGCUCAAGGAGAACGUGCUCGACAGGGCCACGCAGUACAUGUCGAUGCCGACCUCGCCGACGUCACUGUCCGGCGGCGCCAAGAAGAAGAAAACAAGAAGCCGACGCGACGCCGCCGAGAGCCGGUCCACCAAGGAGCACGCCGUCCGCGAGAUCGUGAGGCAGGCUAGGGAGACCGUCACCAACCGCAAGUCCAAGAAGAACGCCGCCGCCAAUGGCAAGGAGAACGAGAGCCCUGUUCACCACCAGAGCGGCGGCAAGGAGAAUGCGCCACCACCUACAGGCAAGCCGGCAGCCGGGCCGACUACAAGGGCGCCAUUGGCUGAUCAACAGCCGCACGCUCCAAGGCUUCCACUACAACCGAGGCCACCGCCACCACCAGCGCCGCCUCAGCAACAGCGAGCGAAACCGUCCCGGCCGCCACCUCCACCUCCGCCGCUAGACCCGCCACCGAGAACGUCGGCGCCUACCGCCGCCGUCAAGUGCAAGCGACCCGACGGUUGCGAGCGCUUCGCGACGCGGAUCAAGAAGCCCGCUCCACCGGUACCGGCGCAACCUGCGGCGGCGAGUUCCUCGGCCAGGGACAUCGCCGUCUCCGGCUCAGGCGAGCGCAAGAUAUUGACGUCGUCGUCUGUGGCGGCCGCCGGUGUGCCUGUGGAGGAAGACCCCGAGUACGUGUACCUGCGGACGGUGCUGGAGCGCGGCGGGUUCAUGCGCGACAGAGGGGCGGCGGGCAGGCGGGCGAUGAAGGGGCACUCGGUGGAGACGCCGGUAGACCCGCUGGUGUUCCACCUCCUGGAGCUGGAGCUUCCGGUGGACGAGGCGCGGCUGGGCCCCCUCCGGCACCGGUGGAACCGGAAGCUGCUGUUCCACCUGACGCAGGAGAUGCUCGCGGAGCUGCUGCUGGGGGUGGACCCCACCUCGCCGUCGCAGCAGCAGCAGUUGUUGUCGGGGCCGGCGGUGGUGUCGCGGCUGUGGAGGCGCGCGCGGAGCUUCCCGGCGGCGGACUGCAGGGUGGUGGAGGACAUCCUGGCGCUGGUGGCGAGGGACGUGGAGGAGGCGGGGCGGGCGCGACGGGUGGUGGAGCGGCGGCUGGUGGCGGAGGAGGGCGAGGAGGUGGCGGAGGAGGUGGCGGAGCGGGUGCUGGACUCGCUGCUCGACGAGGUGGCGCGGCCGUUGCUGGGGGUGACGCCAGAGUGACGUCACCUCCGACCGGAUCGCAACGGCUGCAGGGCAGUGCAGUCACCAACCACCGUCAGAUCACUGUUCAACGGUCCGGAUCGCGACAGGUCGGUCGCCUCGCCUCGAAAUUAGCGCGUUCCGACCCCUCUUCUCCAGUACUAGUACUACUCUACUCUGCUGUGUUUGAGUUGGGUGUAGACCGACACGCCUCGUGUCACUUGCUCAUCCUCUUCUUUUAUUAUUUAUAUAUAAAAAGAAGCCCUUUUUUUGUUUGUUUGUUUUGCUGCUACUAUUUUUCAAAUUUCUGAUGUAUAUACUCCUAGUAUUAGAUACUAUUAUUAUUCAUGUUAUUGGCUGAACAGCUGAUCAAAAUGCCUAUUAAUU